AUGCAGCUCCCCAUCAACACACUCACCCUCCUCGCCGCCUCGCUGCUCAUCGCAACGAGCACCGCAGCCCCCACCGACCCAACCUGCCACGUCGGCGCCACCUGGCCCGACCAUCACGACUGCCACCGCUUCUACGAGUGCGCGGCCGGCGGUACCCCUGUGCGAAAGACCUGCGGACCGCACACAGCCUAUAGCGCUGAGCUUGGCGUCUGUGAUUAUGAGUGGAGGGUUUCGACUUGUCGGCGUGGAUAUGGGAAGAAGAAGCAUGGUGCUGAGGGGGGGAUGAGGGAGGGCGAGAAGAAGGAGGGGGAGAAGAAGGAGUAUCGUGUUGAGGGGGUCGAGAUGAAAGAGGGCGAGGAGAAGGAGGAUGAGAGGAAGGGUGAGAAGAAGGAGGAUGUGAAGAAGAAGGAGCGCUACCGGGAAUAA